AAUCGAUGAGAUUAGGUCGCGACACCUUUAUUGCCGUUUCCCACUACGAAGCCCUAAUGAUUUCUCUUCAAUAAUAAGGAGCUGCUCGUUUCAGUCGCAGGUUAAACAUUAAUGCACAGCCACCGCGUCGGACUUCGGUUAACAUGGCAACGCAGAUCACGUGGGUUUAAUCCCACAUUCUACUGUACUGUAAUCUACAACCACCGCGAUUUUGCCAGUUUAAUACAUGUUAGUCGCCACUGACACGUAGAGUGCGGGACGUUUGCAAGCUUCAUUAUUUGAUAUCAGUGGUAUACGCAAUUGUGUUUUCUCGUUUAUUUAUUUGUCAUGAAAGCGCUGAUGACUUUUAAAGAAGCCCAAUGCCUUCGAUGACAAGCAGCAAGCCAUUUGACAUCGACAGUGUGAUUAGUCAGUUGGUUGCAGGGAGGGAACAUCCAGGAAAACAGGUCCAACUCCCAGAGUCCCACAUCCGGCAAUUAUGUCAACUUUCCAGGGAGAUUUUUAUGGAACAGCCCAUGCUCUUGGAGCUGUCUGCACCAGUGAAUGUAGUAGGAGAUAUUCAUGGCCAGUAUGUGGACCUCCUGAGACAUUUUGAUGCUUGUGGCUAUCCCCCAGAUGCAAAUUAUCUAUUUCUAGGAGAUUAUGUGGAUAGGGGUAAAUUUUCCUUGGAGUCAAUUUGCUUGCUGCUGGCCUACAAGAUCAGAUACCCCGACAAUUUUUUCCUACUCAGAGGUAAUCAUGAAUGCGCCAGCAUCAACAGAAUCUAUGGCUUCUAUGAUGAAUGCAAAAGACGAUAUAAUAUUAAGAUAUGGAAGACCUUCACAGACUGCUUCAACUGUUUACCAGUGGCUGCUGUAGUGGAAAGUGCCAUUCUGUGCAUGCAUGGCGGUUUGUCUCCUGAUCUCAAAAAUUUGGAGCAGAUUCAGGAUCUUGCACGCCCCAUAGAUGUACCCGAUCAUGGGCUUGUCUGUGAUUUACUGUGGUCAGACCCAGACGAGGACAUCACAGGCUGGGGAGAAAAUGACAGAGGGGUGUCCUAUACAUUUGGUGGAGAUGUAGUGAGAGGGUUCAUAAAGAAACAUGAUAUAAGUCUCAUAUGCAGAGCACAUCAGGUAGUUGAAGAUGGAUAUCAAUUCUUUCAAAAACGAAAGUUGGUGACUUUAUUUAGUGCUCCAAACUACUGUGGUGAAUUUGAUAAUGCAGCAGCAGUGAUGAUAGUAACAGAGGAUCUCACAUGCUCAUUCAGAAUUUUGCCACCUGAAAGUACACGGAAAUUUAUAGGAAGUGACAAGAAAAACAAGAAGGAUGGGAAGGUGCUCAGAAAACAAAAAUCUAGCUGAUUAUAAUUAUUUGUGCAAGGAUAUUUUUCCUCUUAUUAUACUUAUUAAAGUAUUAUCUAAACGCUGUGCUGACAUAAGAGAGAUGAAUAUAUAUAAAAGAAGCUGUUAUAAUGAAGAACGUAGGUGCAGAACUCUUGCCAAAGCAUUAUCACAUGAGAUGCCAUUUUCUUUUGACCUUUUGGAGCUCUGUAACAGUACAAUUAUUCUGAUAAAAUGGACAGGUUUAGCAGUUUUGUGGUAUGUAAAGCAAUGAUUUGCUGUACUUUUAAUAGAAUUUAACUGCAGUUUUGUUUGAAUAAAAUUUAGCAAAGAAAAUUUUUUGUGUAAAAAUCAAUUAACUUUGUGAUUAAUUGUGUCGUGUAAAAUGUGUAUAGAGAGGAGGUGUAUGAAAACAUGAAAAUAUGAAAGUGGACUUAAAGGUUCUAAAUGGAUAAAAUGCCACAAAAUUUCAGUGUUGGUGACCAGAAAUAUAAACCUGACCUAGAAAACUGAUUUGUACUGAGUGUUAUGGAAAAAGUUGGAAGUGAACUUUUGUCUUCAAGGGAAGAACAAUUAUAAUCCUUUGGUUUAGCAAGCCAAUUAUUUUUCAUGUAUGGUUACUAAAUAUAUAAUGUUUAUUUUAUAUUUAUCAGGUAUCAUUUAGUUGCACGUUCUUGGAUCUUGUAAUGACAGGUGCCUUUGAGCAAAAUACUCUGGUUACAAUGUUUGGCAAUUUGGUAUAAAUUGAGAAAGCUACAUCAUUUUGGGAGAUACUUUACGGGCACAAUAUUAAAAUACAAACUGUGGUGCAAACUCGUGUAAAUUAUUAAAAUUUAAGGAGUUAGAUGUAAUCUUUAUUACAACAGUGAUACUAUUAGGAUUGAACUAUUGUGAUGCUUAUACAAUAUGAUUCAGGGCAGGAGGGCUAAUGGAACUGUAAUUCCUUAUAUGCUGCACCAGAAUGUGUAGAAAAUGAAAUAAAUCCAUUUUCAAUCU